UGCGAACGUGAUGGUAGCGAGAAAUUGAUUGUUUUGAUGGCUGGUCGCUGUCACUAUUAACAAGACAACAUAUAUACUGAAAAGUGUAUGAGUUAUUGGCCGCUGUAAAACUAUUCAAUCGUUCGUAUAUUGUGUUAUGGUGGAAGUCGGAUGAUGACUAGCUGAUCAGUUCAGUAUUGAUCUUCAAGACGGUCCGAGUGUCCGACCUGUCUCUUUCCGGCCAUCUUGACUUGUCGACGGAUCUAAGUGGAACUUUGGAAAAAAAUGUUGUUUUUUAGAUAAUGGCCUGAAAAGGGAUCUUCUUUGUUUCUCUACGAGUAUCAAAGGCAAGGUGUUCAGAUUGGUCAGCUGGAAAGAAAUACUAUCGUAAUAGUGUCUUUGGACUGUGAGGCGCUUGUUGUGAGAUAGAAAAUCACGAUCAUGCGACCAAUCUCGUGUAGGAAAUUCAUGCAGACUUCCUUUGAGUCUCUAUGAUGUGAGGCAAGGAAUGGCUUCAAGUCCAAAGGAGGCACAAAAUGAGAAUGAAAAUCAGAAUGAUGCAGAAAACUCGCUCUCUGAGAGACAGGACGGUUCGAGCCACAGCCGUUCAAACAGCGCUAUUUCUCCACCGGCUUGGCGGGUUGUGUUCUUGAGUUCCAAAGUGCGGCAUUCCUCUGUUCUAAACUCGGCUGCUCGAUCAUCUGUUUUGUUUGUUCCUUACAAAUAUGACAGUUCAACGCUUGAAUCACUUCUAACUCAAGCUCAGCAUAUUUUAGCAGGGCGAAAAGCUGAAAGCAUGGCUUUCAUGGCUCACGGACAGGGAAGCAAUAUGUUCAUCUGUGCAAACGAUGACCAGGUGAUUUCACUUCAUGCUGUCAAAGAACUUGAAGAAUUGCAGAGUUUCUUCACGGAACUUGUCAAACUUUGUUUGGAUGUUGAUUCGCCUGGUGCUCGUCUAGACUUCCUUGCAUGUCCCCUUUCUCAGAGCAGUGAUGCGACAGAAAUUGUAGAGAUGCUGGAAGGCUUAACACAAGUUGCAGUGGGGAUGACAAAGGAGAUCAUGGGUACAGAUUUCAGGAACAAAGGGGAUGAGUUGGGUAACUUACGUCCAGGGGAACUUUACUUCAAACAAGAAAAGAUGCGAGGAUGGUCUGGUGUGCAACAGCAAGACAUCAGCAACUUUGAAAGGAUUAGAACAGUUGGAAAAGGAGCAUAUGGUGCAGCUGUGCUGUAUCGUAAAAAGGAUGAUGACUCACUUGUUAUCCUGAAGGAAAUAUCUCUCCUUGACCUGACAGCAACUGAAAGGCAGAUGGCAAUGAAUGAGGCCAAAGUGUUGUCCAAGCUUAGUUUGCAUCCUAAUAUCAUCAGUUACUAUGACAGUUUUGAAGUGGAUGGCACACUCAUGAUUGAAAUGGAGUAUGCUGAUGGAGGGACCCUAGCCCAGUAUUUGUCAAGACUGGAGAAAGAUAUGGAGGAAAGAGAGAUCCUAAUAAUCUUUCAACAGAUGCUGUCUGCCUUGAAGUAUAUUCAUGUCAACAACAUCCUUCACAGAGAUUUGAAGACAGACAAUAUUUUCCUUACAAAGGAAGGUGUGGUCAAACUGGGUGACUUUGGUAUUAGUAAACAGCUGGAGGGCUCCAAGGCAAACACAGUGCUGGGAACACCUUAUUAUAUUUCACCAGAAAUGUGUGAAGGUAAAGAAUACAACCAUAAGAGUGAUGUUUGGGCUCUGGGCUGUAUACUUUAUGAAAUGGCCAGUAGACAAAAAACAUUUGAAGGCUCCAACCUUCCAGCAUUGGUCAACAAAAUCAUGAAGGGUCAGUUUGCACCAAUAAGAGGGAAUUACAGUCCAGAGUUUAGAGCUAUAGUAGGGGAGAUCCUUAAAAAAGAUCCAGACUCAAGACCAGAUGUGGACUUGUUGUUAACCGAGUGUCUCCCUAAGCUCAUGAAAAGAUUUGAAGACACAAGUGAGGAUGAACUUGGAGGCUCGAUUGAUCAAAGCCGUAAAGUAAAAAAAAGAACUCUUCUGUAUUACCUGGACUUAUUGUAUACCAACAUGUGUCCCAUUGAAAUUCCUGCCAAGGGACAACUGAGAGAGGUUGCUGUUGGCAGUUCUCAUGUUGCCAUGGUAACAAUGGAACAUGUAGUUUACACAUGGGGUAGUAACUGCUGUGGACAGCUUGGACAUGGAGAUAGUUGCAGUCUAGAAAAACCUGCACAAGUAGAAGCACUCAAAGAAAAAACUAUUUGGAGAGUAAGCUGUGGAGAUAAAUUCACAGUGUUUGUAACAGACAAUGGUAUUGUGAUGACUUGUGGGCAGGGUGAGCUCGGCUGUUUGGGGCAUGGGGACUGGUCCAGUUCAUCCAAACCGAAGUUGAUUGAAGCGCUGUUGAGUUUUGAUGUGACAUCUGUCAGCUGCGGUAAUGCUCAUGUUGCCGUGGUUACCAGUGAUGGUGUAGUGUUCUCAUGGGGCUGUGGAGAAGAUGGGAGACUGGGUCUGGGCGACGAAGAUAAUCGCUGUAUUCCUACAGAAGUGACCACGAUAGAUGACACCGUGUCUAUAAAACAGGUCAGGUGCGGCUAUGACGGGACAAUGUUCCUCACUGAUACUGGAGCCCUUCUCGCCUGUGGCAGCAAUGCAAACAAUAAGCUUGGACUUAACAACCGCCAGGGAUUCCUGAUGCAAAUGAAGAACCUCCUAAAUAAGGUCCAGGUUGAUGGCAAGAACGUCCCCACAGCUGUCAAAGUGUUAUCCAAGCACCGUGUGCUUGAUGUAUCCCUGGGUCCCGCCCAUAGUGCGGCGCUUGUGGAGCCUGGUUUGGUGUACACGUUUGGUGACAAUCAGUACGGACAGCUUGCGUGUAAUAACUGCAAACCUCGAGAAGUACCAGCCAUUGUCAAGGCGUUAGAGGAAAAGACGACUUCGAUGAUUUUCUGCGGCAAUGGCUUCACGCUGGCCGGAACGAAUGAAAAUGACCUGUAUUUUUGGGGGACAAGACCCGCUGAUCGCAAACGCAGCCAGAGCGAGAGUGGAGACAAGACAGAUACUGAAGGUAGCAGCAAAAAACACAUGCGAAAUCCAAGUGCAAGCUUGAGUAUCGGCAGCGCUGAUAGCUUGGAAAUGUCUGGGAAUAAGAGCGAUCAUAACAGCGGAAACCAUUCAUGUCUAUCAAAAGAUACCAAGAAACGCAGAGAAGGCGUGCUCGAAAGUUCAAGCGCGUCAAAACUCGAACGGGGAAAAAAAGAGGGAAUGCAGGAAGGUUUCUCUAUGCCACAGUCUUGCAAGAAACGGAAGGAUGGAAUCCAAGAAGACCUUAAUGGAAGCAGUGCUAGUCUGAUGCACAAAUCCGCUGACGGAGUAUUUUCUGAUGGUGAUUGUGGAUCAAAGGAAGACCCGUCUGUAAACUACAUACGAAAUACCUCGCGAAGAGGACAGCUAAGCGACCAAACUUUUGCCGCAGGAUUUUUGCGAAUCAGCGACAAUGAGACAAUACCUUCGCCUGUGCGAUUGUUUCACUGGGACACCUACAGCAUGUACGGAGCGGGGCAAGAGCACGAAUUUCCCGUCUAUUUGUUGGACGUUAAUGGUUUUGGCAUCAACGUUUUCGUACAGAUAGAAACAACAGCACCACUUCCUUCCAAGAGGAGAUCAAAGAAGAGAUCAUCUAAGAAAGCUAGUGAAAGACGACUGUCUAAACAGGCCUCAGUCUCUGAUAGUAUUUCUGGUCACACCCGAGGACCUGCUGGUCUGGACUCCUCGAUGGGAUCAAGCUCAUCGGAACUUGAGACUACGUUGGGUGAGGCCCCCACUUGGCUGAAAAAUGAACUCAAAGAAGGAAUCGUACGUGGAGGUGAAGAUCGUGAUGACUCAGAAGAUGAGGACGGUGACAGCGAAGAAGCAGACAGUGAAACGGAAGAAACAGACAAUGGUUUGGACAGAGAGAAAUCGAAGCUGACGGUGGCAGUGGAAAAUGCAUCAGACAGUGAGAAGAAUUCUAAGAGCCCCACCAAAAAGCUGGCAGAAAAAGUGGAACGAUUUAAGCAGAGUCGAAAGUCUCGCUCGGAGACAAGGAUUGUUGGUGGUGUUGCUAUAAACACUGUGGGUAAUAAUGUUCCUUUGAGUGUACAGUCGAGUGCUGUGUCGGUGAAAUCAGAAUCAGAACUGGACAAUAUACAAAACAAGGAAACUGGCACCGAGUCUACCAAGAAAACUAAACCCAACACUAAGGAGUCAUUAAACUUGUCCAAAGUGUUUCCUCGGCCCGCUAGUAGUCCAGUAACCUCAAAACACAAGCGUUCCUCGUCGGACGGAAUGAUCAUUGACGAGAAGACAAGGACAACCUCAGACUCUGGAGUAGAGUUAACUCCUGUUGAAAAAUUUAGCAGCUCAAGUGAAGGAUCCGGCAGCACGGCGAGUGGCUCCCGGAAGAUUUCGUUAGAAGUGCGGGUUCCGAAGAAGAGUGCUGGGAGCAUGUCGCCUCAAGCCGCUCGCUCUCCAAGAGCCAACGAUCGGCAAACGAGCAUGAGUAAAUCCGUAGAUCGACAUCUGGAGCACAGGAGACCCGCGGGCAGGGCGCGGUAUAGUCAGGGUCCAUCUAGGAAAGGAGGGGCCGGUCGUUUGACCGAUGACAAGAGAAUGACAGCGAGUGACGCUCGAUCGGCUCUUACUCGACGAGAACAGGCCGUUUUGGAAGAGUUACGCCGCGAAUCUGCUGCUAAACACGCUUAUCUCCAAGAAGAAAUCGAUAGACUUAAACUUGAGAAAGAAGAGAACGAACGGCGAUUACAGGAGCUACACAGGAAAGAAUUGGAAGUGGCGGAGAAAGCCUGGGGUGAGCAAGAGAAGGAGGCAAAGGAAAGAGAGGAGAAGUUGUCCCAUGAAGUCCUUAAUCUCAAAAUGGAAUUAUCAAAGCAAUUCGAUAAACUUCAAGAUAACUACAACGUGGUGUUGUCGUUACAGGAGCAGUUAGCUCGUAUGCAGCAGGAGCAACUGAGACAGCAGGCAAAAGAGAAGCGUCAAAAUUCAGCACGACAGAAACCCAUGGCCAAGAGCUCUGUAUGUAGGGUGAUGUGAACUGUUCCGUGCUACGUGACAUCGUCUCUAGUCUCAAACCACCAAUUUUGGAAUACCGAUAAAUGCCACAGAGAUGCAAGAAGAGAUAAUUUUAAUUGUUUGUGUAUUCUUUUUUUUACCUUCCUUUAAAGUUAAGCGCUCUGUGGUAAUGUCGUUUUACCCUCAGUUGGUACAAGGGUAAUGUUUUAAGAUCUGUCUUUGGCUAGAUAUGAAAAAAAAAAAUUUCCUUCUAUAAGAAUGCAUUUGAAUGAAAUUUAAGCUCAUACUUUGAGCAACAUAAAUAAGGAAUUUCAAUUGUGCCCGGUUUCGGGCAAAAAAUUGUACAAAAGAAAGAAGUAUGCUUCAAAGUUUUUUAAACUUUGUUCAUGAGUGAUAUUGCCAUUUAUAGCCUGUUUCUAAGAUCAUCCGUAACAAGACGGGCACAUUUUUAUCUGCGAAAGCUUUGAAAGAAAAUUACUUAAACAUGUAAUGAACCUAGCUAUGGGCAAUUCAAGAUUUUCAUUCUGAAAAUAGCCAAAAUUAGUUUGACUGGCAGCGAAACCCGAAAUGAGUUGUCAUAAAAAAAGGGAGCGUGGCAACUAAGAGCGUAGUCGUGCGAGAUCACACUUUGGAAGUGUUGCUUGUCAACCUUGGCGCGAAUGUCGGUCUAGAGCUCUAUUUACUAAAAUGUACGUUUCCCUGUUUUGUAUUACUUUUCAACUCUAUGUAACCCUCUAACUCCCCGAGGUAACUGUCAUUUAACUUCUUGCCAUUCCAAUACGAAGACAUAAGUCUCCUGUAUGCUUUACAAGGAAGCCAGUUGCGAAAAUUACUGACUGGAUCUUGGGAGUUCAAGGGUAAAAAAAGGAGAGAACCUUUUGUACCAUCGUACUAUCAUCCUUGCAUAAUUGACGUGGUCUCUCUAGUUGAUCCUAUUUCUUAAGGAUAGUCACGCCUGACUCUUUAGUUUGGUAAAACAAUGUUACUGCUAAAAUAUUGUAAUACAAUUCUCUCGAAGCAAAAUAUUUUUCUUACUUGUACAAAUUGUCUUUAAAUAAAUGCAACGUAUGUCUGUUUCUUGUU